CGGCACCCCCAUUAUAACUACAGCAAACUAAUUUAAAUAUAGGUGGUUCCUUUGUCAGCAACUGGAGUUGGGACAAGUAUAACCGUUGGAGAUUCAAGAGACAAAAUUGAACUUGGACGCCAUUUUACGAGAAUUCCCUUAAAUUGUAAAGUGAUAAUGGAAAAUUGUGGCACUCGAUUGCAUGCUCUUGAAUGGAGUGAACACUAUAAGGCACCAAAAACUAAACAACAAGCUACUAGUGGAUUUUUUAACUUGGACCCAAGAAAUUUUAAAAUGGCAGCAGGAGAAAAAAUGGAACUGUCCAUUACUGGCUUAUCAUAUAAAGUAGCAACUGUUAAAGAAAUGUGGUAUUUAGUUGGAAGUGUCGAGGGCAUAAAUAAAAAGGAACUUCUACUAGAAUGUCUAGUUAUAGCAGAAUUCGUUGAUCCAAAAAUUGAGAUAUCUUCGAAUAUAAUAGAUUGCCAAUAUGACUAUGGACCUUAUAGUGAAUAUUACAAAUUAACAGAUAUCGUUACAAUAAAAAAUGUGUCUAAAUUACCUUUAGACUUCGACAUAAGUGUUAAGCCUCCAUUUGCUAUGAUUCACAAAGGAUCGUAUAAAGUAUUACAAAAAGACUUAAAUCUCUGUGGAUGUAUAUGUUACAACAAAUCUGAUUUAAAUAUAUCAAAUAUGUUAUCAGUAUCUGGGCCUUAUCAAUCAAAAGUUUUUACUGACUUCUUAACACAAAAACCUGUGGACCCAUUGAGAAAUGAACCUUUACACUUCUUUCAAGAUAUAUACAAAAUUAAACUAGCUUUUAGUUUAACGCACGCAAUAGAGGAACGGUUGGAUGAUCAGGAAACUAUGAAAAUACAAGUUUUAUUCGAUACUACAAAACAUACAACCCUUAAAUCACGCGUUUAUUGUGAUUUAAUGAAAAUCAAAUUUAAAGGACAUAAGAAUAAAGAUGCUAUCAAGUUGAUUGGAAAAAUUAAUUUUCCUAACAUGAGCAUUCUUACACCGCGUGUGGAUUUUCAGUGUGUUCUUAAUGGUAGCAUAGAAAGUAGAACUAUAAAAAUACAAAAUGUUACUCCACUCCUUGUUUGCUAUAGAUUCAAUUGGAAAAAGUACUCUAUAACUGAUACAAAAAUGCUUGACAUUCUUAAACAGGAAACUAAAGUAAUUAAUCAAAAAUCGUCACCAAAUGAAAGUGAAACAACAGCAAGCAGGACUCAAGCAAUAUCUAUGUCGACUGCUGAAAAUAUGGAUAAACUUGAUAAAGUGAAAGAGCAUCCAAGGGCAACAAGUACAGUAAUAAAAGAAUCUAGUAUUUUAGCAAUGACAAUGGACCAGAAUUUUGAUGAUCUUUCUAACAAACGAUAUAUGAUGAUGAAAAUAAUAACGCCGAUGAUUGACGUGGAAUAUAAUUCGCAAUUCGAAUGGAUCCAUAAAUUUUCGAAGUUAAAUAAAAGCAGCAGUACUUUGAUAAGUGAUGUUUUACAGUUAUCGCCACAUCGUGGCUUGUUGAAGCCGAAUGAAAUACAAUACGUGCAAGUUAUUUUCCGGCCUACGGUAAAUAUGAAUAUAAGAGCAGUACUAGAAUGUGAAGUACUUGGAGGGCCGAAUGAGACAAUACAAGUAACGGGUCAAAGUUGUGAUCUGAUGUAUAGGCUCAGUACGCAAAAUAUUAAUUUCAAAAUAAGAUCUUUUCAUGAAAACGCAAUUGAGCAAUUUACAAUAUCAAACAUAGCACAACUUCCUUUCGAGUAUACAACUUAUUUGAACGAACCUAAAUAUGUCAAUGCCUUACACGGAACCAUUGUCAGUGUUGAUCCGGAUAAGAAAAAAUUGGAGCCGGAGGAAUAUAUAAAUGUUAAUAUCGAAGUGAAGCCUGGUGCUAUGGGUUACUUUAAUAGUAUAUUUUUACUUGAAAUAGGACAUCUUCCGUUAUUACCAAUUGAAGUGUUUGGUUGGGGUGUAAUACCCCAAGUUUAUAUAAGUUUACCUCGUCCAGAAAUAGUAAAACUGCAUCCUUUGCUGGGAUAUCAAGCAAUUCCAUCACUUACCGAGGAGUACCUAGAAGCUGUGAGAGAAAUUUUCAUGAGAGUAUCAACGGAACAUUUAAAUUCACCUUCCUUUGAUAAAUGUUUUGAAGAUCCGAUGUUCCAAAAGGAGUGGCACUUGUGUUCACCUUGGGAUGCAUAUCCAUCAAUCUUCGAUAUUGAAUUGGCUAUUGAAAGAAUGUUGGUGAUCAAUCAUGUUGAAUUGCAUCCAGAAAUACUUAAUACGUUCUUCACAGCUUCCAAACAGGUCCCGAUACCCGGGUUUCUUACGACGCCGUAUGUGAUUGACUAUGGAGUGGUCAUAACUGGCAGUACCAUCCAAUGCUGCGUGGAUAUAAUUAACUAUGGCCCAAUCGUCACCAAACUACAUUUGGCUAAAGGAACCCAUUUGCCUUCAUGGCUAGGUCUAAAAAUUUGCGGCAAAUUGAAUCCGGGCGAAACGGGAAAAUUGGAAGCAACGUUUACACCGAAUUCAACAGAUUUUACUGAAUUGGAACAGUUUGUUGAAACAUCAUUCAACAUAGAGGUUUUGAUUUGUUACUAA